AGCUGCUCAAAAUGCACGACUUGUGGCGACGUCAAGGGCGUUCGCCUCUGUUGCUGUGUUUACUGCUGCUCGUACAUCUUUACUAUGCAUCCUCCGCCCCCGUAAGUGAAAUUCCGGCGUCUCUACGCAGCAAUAUCGACAACGAGACCCCUGUAGACGCUGCGCCGCCCGUGUUUUGUCUAGACUUGGGAGUUGAAAUCGCAUUCCCCAGUCGCGACGUGGAGGACGCGAUGGGCAGUGAGACACAAGCAUCUGCAGGGACAGGAUGUCUCCGAAGUUCACCUAUGAACGCAGUGAUGGGCCAUUUAAAGAUGUCCUUGAGGACAUAUUCACUGCACGCGGUGGACUGCGUCUUGGAGCCGAUGAACGUUGAGUCGUCCACCAUCGCGUUGAUGGGCAUUGCAUCGUUGUGUUCGAGGUCCAAUAUGGACGUCGAAGAGGACAUGGACACCUGGGGACGUGAAGCCAAGCGACAAGUGGACAGAUUAUUCGAGACUGAAAAGCGAAUCUCGCUGGACCAAACGACGGGAAUGGUACGACAUGUACCGGUCUCCCCAGCUUAUGAACUACCGAAUAGUGGCAGUGGAUUGCCACAGUUUAUUCUAGGGGAGACACUGAUUUGGUCUGAUGAUGAAGGAGAGACCCAGGAAUCAAAGGACCAAACCUUCUUCACACAUGUCCAGUUGCAUGUCAAGAAUGACGGGAAGACGCCGUUGCAUUUGUAUCGACUCACGUUAGUGGAGAGAAAAGAAGAGCGUGGAGAACAGGAUAAAACAUUGGGCUUUGUGCUGCCAUUGGUAGCCCCGGCGGUGGUGCAACCUGGAGUUAGUGAGGUUGUUUCGUUCAAGGCGAUUACUGGCGCUGCAGUGGACUCGUCUAAGAGCUAUUUGCUGUAUAUUUCGCACAGUGGAUUUCGAUCGCAUGUGUUUGAAGGUAUUCUGGAUGGGAAGACAUUCUUAUCGAGAGAAGAAGCUGUCCAGCCUCAAGGUGAAGACGGACUUUUCGAUCGUUUCUCGCUGGAUUCGACUAGCGGAGAAUCAUUGUUUGCAUCGUUUCCUUAUGCGACCUGGCAAGUCGGAUCCAUGGCUAUUGCUGUAGCAGUUCUCUGCUUCAGUCCCAUAAAUGAUGAACGUUCCGUUAUCGCAGUGGACCGCUCCAAAGGUGUCGCGCUUGUGGUCCGCUAA